GAGACCUGUAAGCAUGUGAUAAUGAAAGCGAAAGGGUCAUUAAAUGUGUGAGUAAUCAGGAAACAGGUUUCUGUUUUUUAAUUAUUUAUUGUAAUUAGCGAAAGUGUUGCAACCUUUCGCUUAAAUCGUAAUUGAAUACAGUUAUUAUUAUUGAUUAUUGUAGAUUUGAGGAACAAAUCACCUGGUUUAAUUUAUAGGAAUAUAUGCAUAUGUAACUACACAAGUAUAGGAGUAAUUCGCGAUUAUAAAUAUAAAUUUGUGUUUAAAUUAUAUUAUUAUGUACAUGUAUACGGUGGUGUAUGGUAAGUGUUGGCGAAAAUAUGCGAAAGCAAAUGCAAAUAAUUUGCUGUUGCGAAUAUGGUAUAAACAGCAAACACUGAAUUACUUAUUGACAAACAUACCUAUCUGUGCUUGUUUUGCUUCAUAUUUUCAAUUUUGUUUUUCAUUGUAUAUUUCCGCUUUGUUACUUAAACAAUUAGCAUCAUCUGAAAUGCUCACUGAAUAUGAAUUAGACGCACUUGAGCUCAGUGUCGCAAAUGUCAGCCAAUUUAAGCUGAUGGAAGUGGAUUAGGGGCUUUUAGCAGGGGAUUUACAUUUUUCUCAGAAACCAUCAAGGCAUUAUGUAUGAACGUACUAUGUGGUUUUGUAUAAAUACAUAAAUAUAUGUAUUGUGAGAAAUUAUAAUAAUCAGUCAGUCUGGGUAGACCUUUAUUAGUAGCCACUGCAUGUGUCUGUUCAAUAAACUUUUGCCAUAAAUAAUAAAAUGGUUGGCUGGAUUUCCAAGACAUUUAUUGUUUUCUUUCUCCAACAUGCGCUUAGGCGACGAGGUACACUUCGAGUUGCAACUGGGAGAUAUGCGCGGUUUCCAUCGCUUGGACCCACGCCGCAAGCUGGCGCUAUUCCUGCAUGGUUGGAACGACGAAGGCAGCAAGGAAUGGGUGCAGGAAAUGUUAAAAACUUGGACCCACUUCGAUCCCAAUUAUAGCGUGUGUGUUGUUGAUUGGGGUCAUUUGUCACAGGUAGACUACAAGACUGCGUCUAUGUCGACAUUUGAAGUCGGUCUCACAGUGGCUGGCAUCAUUAUGUCUAUGGAAAAUUUGCGACCAGAAUAUUUCUCCCGACGCAAUGUCACAUUGGCUGGCUACAGUUUGGGUGCACAUGCCGCUGGAUAUGCGGGCGCCAUGUUGAACGGCGAACUGGAGCAGAUCAUUGGACUUGAUCCGGCAGGACCGCUCUUUACAUUGCCCGCUGUUGUCUCACCAGAUUUUCGUUUGGACCCCACCGACGCACAAUACGUGCAAGUGUUGCAUACAUCGGCGGGUACUUUGGGAGCUGGUUUAAAAAUGGGACAUGCAGAUUUUUAUCCGAAUGGUGGAAAGGCGCCGCAACGCCAUUGCCAAGUAAUGGUUACGGAUGUGCGAAAUAAUGCGGUAGCGUGCAGCCACAGCUCAUCGGCUGUGUUUUUCAAGCAAUCCAUGAAUCCGGCGUUUCCGUUCGUGGGCAACCAUUGCAGCAGCUAUGAUAAUUUCGUGCGCGGUCUGUGUGCGCAGGGUCAACGCGGACGUUUCGGCAUACAUUCACAACGCCGCAGCCGUGGCAAUUUUUACUUCGUCACCGAACCGCAGCCGCCAUACGUGAAGCGAAGACUGUGGCCACGGCGCCGUCAUCACCAUCAGCAGCAGCAACAGUGGUGGCGCCGACGUAACGCGGGCACUUCGACGGCUUUGGGCAGGAGCGCUUUAAGGCAGUCGGAUGUCAGGGCAAUACAACCGUGGCAGUGCAAAUGGCGACGACGACGGCGGCGGCGGCGUGUGUGCUACUGAUGACAUUGUUGCUUGUACGUUGGCGCUUCGUGGCAAUUGAAGGAUAACUGAUGGUAUUUUCAUUGAAAUAAAUGCAUUGUUGCCGAAAGAAUAGCAAAGUUAA